AUGAUGAUGAUGAUGAUGACGGACCUGAUCAUGAAGCAGACCGGAAGCGCCCCCCUAAGCGAGUCAGUAUUUGCCCCCAUGAUGGCCGGUGAGGCUGACAGCGCCGCCCUGCUGGCCGCUCAGAGGAAGUCGUCUCCGCUCAGGUGUGAGGGUGAGCUGGGCGGCGGCGCCCCCUACAGCGCAGACGGACUCAGUGCGGGACACUUCCUCGCUGCUCCCUGCGCCCCGCCACCGGACGGCCUGCGCUCCUUCCUGCCCUACAGCGGGGGGAGCGGGGUGGUCAGCGGGGGAGCCGAGGGGGCCGAGGGGUCAGAGGGGUCACGGUACGUGGCGCCCUCCGUCCACUACAGCCCCGCCCUUCCCGCGCUGUCCGGCCCCGCCCCCACCUUUCCCCCCUCCGUCCGGCUCCAGCUCAGCGGCGUGUACCCGCAGUACGAGGGGCCCGGGACCCCCAGGGGCCGCGCGCAGGUCUACCUCUGUAACAGAGCGCUAUGGCUGAAGUUCCACAGACACCAGACCGAGAUGAUCAUCACCAAACAGGGCAGGCGGAUGUUCCCGUUCCUCAGUUUCAGUAUAGCGGGUCUGAGUCUGUCGGCUCACUAUAACGUGUACGUUGAGAUCGUUCUGGCGGAUCCGAAUCACUGGAGGUUCCAGGGGGGAAAGUGGGUGACCUGCGGAAAAGCCGACAACAACAUGCAGGGGAAUAAAGUCUACAUCCAUCCGGAGUCUCCAAACACAGGAGCUCACUGGAUGAGGCAGGAAAUUUCAUUCGGCAAAUUAAAACUGACCAACAACAAAGGAGCAACGGCCAGUAACGGUCAGAUGAUCGUUCUUCAGUCUCUGCAUAAGUACCAGCCCAGGCUGCACAUCGUGGAGGUUCUGCCGGAGGGAGCCGACGACGUGAGGAGAGAACCUCACUCUCAGAUUUUCGUCUUUCCAGAGAGCCAGUUCAUCGCAGUGACCGCGUACCAGAACACUGACAUCACCCAGCUGAAGAUUGAUCACAACCCUUUUGCAAAAGGUUUUAGAGAUAACUAUGACUCGUAA